CACGACAGCUGCUCCCGCCGUACCGUUGCUGUGUGGAGGCUGUUGGUGAGCCGCGACGGCUCCGGCCCGCAGCCGCCGCAGAGGUCCUGCUGCCCGGACCCACCGGGCGGAUUACUGUAUAUCCAGCAAUUUCCACGUUCCAAAUCAUGGAGGCAGAACAGAUUAUGGAAGGUCAGCCACAGGUUCCAGAAAAUCCCCAUUCUGAAUAUGGCCUCACUGAAAAUGUAGAGAGAAUAGUAGAAAACGAGAAAAUAAAUGCAGAGAAAACAUCAAAGCAGAAGGUGGAUCUUCAGUCGUUGCCCACACGUGCCUACUUGGAUCAGACAGUUGUACCCAUCUUACUACAGGGACUUGCUGUUCUUGCAAAAGAGAGGCAUCUCUACUUACCACCAGGACCUCUGAUCUGACCCAGUGUGGAAUAAACCACCAAAUCCCAUUGAAUUUCUAGCAGCGUAUCUUUUAAAAAACAAGUCACAAUUUGAGGACCGAAAUUAAUUCCAUAAAAAUGAGGACAAUUUGGCUGCUAUAUUGAAAUGCUUAUUUGCCGCAAUUCAUUUUCUGCUGUAAAAAUCCUUUGGAACCAUGAUGUUGUCUUUCUUAAUCGUACAGUUUCCUUUACUUUUAGAUUUAUUUAAUAAAGAACACUUUACAUUUCAUUUGCUUGCUUGUUUUAAACUAGCUAUUAAGAGACUUUCAAAAUAAAGUACUGAAACUGCA